AUGUCUAGUCAGAUGAGGCGUCUCAUGAUGAAGCAGCGACAGAAUGGUCGCUACUAUCACGGCCAGCAGCAGCAGCAGCAGCAGCGCCAAAGGGAUUAUGCUGAUGAGGUGCACCCUUCCACCAGACGAAAUCAACGUGAUGAUGUCGACAAGAGAAGUACAACAGGGAAAAAUAAACGUUCCCGCGGAGAGGAAGGGAUACAGGCCACUGCUGCAAAUGGUGAGGAGGUUAUUGAACGACUUGGAAUCAUCCCCAAAGUUACGCUUGAUGAGAUGGGUGGACUCGCAAAAGAGAUACCGAUUAUUAAAGAAUUGAUCGAACUGCCCAUCCGCUCACCUCAUUUGUUUAGCCGUCUUGGGGCGGAUCCUCCAUGCGGUGUACUUCUUCAUGGCCCACCAGGGUGCGGUAAAACAAAGUUGGUGCAUGCAAUUGCAGGCUCACUAGAGACACCACUAUUUUUUGUGGCGGCACCUGAAAUUGUUUCCGGUAUCAGUGGCGAUAGCGAGGCGAAAUUGCGUAAUCUUUUUAUGGAUGCUAUUAGCGCGGCACCGAGUAUAGUGUUCAUUGAUGAAAUUGAUACCAUUGCGGGUCGUCGGGAUCAGACGCAACGUGGUAUGGAGAGUCGCAUCGUGGGUCAACUUCUUUCUUGCAUGGAUCAAGUAGCACAGGCGUGGCGGCAGGAAAAUAAAGUAGUUUGCGUGAUGGGUGCGACAAACCGCCCAGAGGCGAUUGACACAGCGCUGCGACGUGCAGGUCGAUUUGAUCGUGAAAUUGCUCUUGGCAUCCCAACCAUGGCUGAGCGAGAGAGCAUUUUGAAUAUCAUUUGCCAAAAACUAAAUGUUGCAUCUGAUGUUGAUUUCUUUGAGCUUGCGAAUAUGACUCCUGGAUAUGUUGGCGCGGAUCUUCAUCUUUUAGUGAAGGAAGCCUGCAUUUUGGCCAUUCGUCGAAAGUACAACGAGUUGGAGGCGACAGGAGAGCUUGAAAACCCCAAUGCAGAGGCUCUCAUUUCCUUCACUGUCACAUUUGAUGAGAUGAAGGAGGCCACGAAGCGGGUCCAGCCAAGUGCAAUGCGAGAGGGAUUCACCACGAUCCCUAAUGUCACAUGGAAUGACGUUGGUGCCUUAGAGGAUGUACGUGAAGAGCUCUUUACAAGUAUUUUGCAACCCAUUCGCGCGCCCAGAUUGCACAGAAGAUUUGGCUUGGAUCACCCUGUGGGAGUGUUGCUGUAUGGUCCUCCAGGUUGUGGAAAGACACUUGUGGCGAAGGCAAUUGCGAAUCAGUCAGGUGCCAACUUUAUUUCUAUUAAGGGACCCGAAUUAUUAAACAAGUUUGUUGGUGAAAGUGAGCGGAGUGUCCGAAUGGUGUUUGCUCGCGGACGUGCGAGUGCUCCUUGUGUUCUGUUUUUUGAUGAGCUGGAUGCACUAGCACCUCGUCGGGGGUCUGACCGUGCGAACCCAAGUAGCGAGCGUGUAGUGAACCAAUUGUUAACGGAAAUGGACGGUAUAGAGGGAAGGGAGGACGUGUACGUCAUUGGUGCGACCAACCGACCCGAUAUGAUUGAUCCUGCCAUGCUGCGUCCUGGGCGUCUGGACAAGCUCCUCUAUGUUCCCCUUCCCUCCGUCGAGCAGCGUGUUUCCAUUUUGGCAACACACGCCCGCCGUUACCCGAUUGACGCCUCGGUGGACCUGAACCGCAUUGCUCAUGACCCACGACUUCAGGGGUUCAGCGGAGCAGACUUGGCAGCUCUCGUGCGGGAGGCCUCACUGCAUGCCCUGAAGAAACUGUACCGCUCCACCACCGCGGAGGAGCUGGACUUGCUGGAGCGGAAUCUCGGUGGAGAAAGCAUCGAAAAGACACUGCUGCCUUCUGUGUGCGACGAGGAUUUUGAGGCCAGUUUGCAGAAGGUUAGGCCCUCUGUUUCUGCGGAGGAUCGGGAGAGCUAUGAGUUGCUGCACCGGCAUAUCAUACAGUCAGCGAGGUCUACGGUAUGA